UUAGGAGAGACUUUUAUUUUGACUCUCGGCGUCCCGGAAGUGUGUGUGAUCUUUUAGUCAUGGCUGAUAGCGUGAGUGAUGCUGGUGACUCCAGCAGUGAUGCAGACCUCUCCUCUGUCAUGGGCUUCUCUGGGUUCGGGAAGAAAGCGCGCACCUUUGACCUGGAGGCGAUGUUUGAGCAGACGAGGAGGACAGCCAUCGAGAGGAGCCAGCGCAUCUUAGAGGAGCGUGAGAAACAGGAAACUGAGGCCAGCAGCAGCUCUCAGAGCAGCAAGCCGUCAGCGUCCAGGAAGCAGGACUCUGAUGUCAUUGGUCCUCCACUUCCUGUUGUGCUCAGUGCUCAGCCGGAGGAAAGCGAUGAUGAUGAUGAUGAUGAUGAUGUGGUCGGGCCACCGCUGCCUCCUGGAUACAAGCACAGCACCGCUGAUGAUGAUGAUGAUGAUGAUGAUGACGAUAUGAAUGAUGAGGAAGAUGACAGUCCAGUGAAGAGGAUCCCGGACUCUCAUGAGAUCACGCUUCAGCACGGCUCCAAAAGUGUCUCAGCUUUGGCUCUGGAUCCGUCCGGCGCUCGUCUGGUCACCGGAGGCUUCGACUACGACGUCAAGUUUUGGGAUUUCGCCGGGAUGGACUCUGCGCUGCAUGCCUUCCGAUCGCUGCAGCCGUGUGAAUGUCAUCAGAUCAGGUCUCUGCAGUACAGUGUCACUGGGGACGUCAUUCUGGUUGUGGCGGGAAACUCGCAAGCCAAAGUUCUGGACCGAGAUGGAUUCCAGGUCAUGGAAUGCAUCAAAGGAGAUCAGUAUAUUGUGGACAUGGCCAAUACCAAGGGUCACACAGCGAUGCUGAACGAUGGCUGCUGGCAUCCCAAGAUUAAAGAGGAGUUUCUGACCUGCUCCAAUGACGGGACGGUGCGGACGUGGGACUUGACCUCGGAGAAGAAGCACAAGUCUGUGUUCAAGCCUCGAUCGCUGCAGGGCAAGAGAGUGACCCCCACCUGCUGCACCUACAGCCGCGACGGAAAACUGAUCGCAGCCGGCUGCCAGGACGGGACCAUCCAGAUCUGGGACAGGAACCUGAGCGUUCACACUAAGUUCCACUGUCGCCAGGCUCACGCCGCCGGAUCAGACACGACCUGCCUCACUUUCUCUUACGACGGAGUAACUCUCGCAUCACGAGGAGGAGACGACACUCUGAAGACGUGGGACAUACGCAACUUCAGGAAACCUCUCGCUGCCGUCACUGGCCUGACCUCCUCCUUCCCAAUGACAGACUGCUGCUUCAGUCCGGAUGAUAAACUGCUGCUGACAGGAACCUCGGUGAAGAAGGACGAAGGAAACGGGAAGCUGCUGUUCUUCGAGCGGGAAUCUCUGCAGAAGGUCUAUGAGAUUGAAGUGGGCGAUACGAGCGUGGUUCGCUGUCUUUGGCAUCCCAAGCUGAAUCAGAUCAUGGUCGGGACGGGGAGCGGCCUGGCGAAGGUCUACUACGACCCGAUCAAGAGUCAGAGAGGUGCGAUGUUGUGUGUGGUCAAGAGCAAGAGGAAGGAGAAACACGCCGAGACGCUGACACAGGAUUACAUCAUCACCCCUCACGCUCUGCCCAUGUUUCGUGAGGCCCGGCAGCGCAGCACCAGGAAGCAGCUGGAGAAAGACCGACUGGAUCCACUCAGAUCCCACAAACCUGAGCCGCCCGUGUCCGGACCAGGUCGAGGUGGUCGUGUGGCGGCUCACGGCGGGACACUGUCCUCUUUCAUCGUCAAAAACAUCGCCCUCGACAAAACUGACGAUAGCAACCCGCGCGAGGCCAUCCUGCGUCACGCCAAAGAAGCGGCUGAGAACCCGUACUGGGUCGCCCCGGCCUACAAACAAACGCAGCCGGACCCGCUGUUCGCCGAGGAGGAGGAAGAAGAGGUCGACGAAGAUCAGCCCGAAUGGAAGAAACGCAAGAUCUGAGGAGAUUUCCUCUUCCACUCGGAGUUUGAGGAGUUCAGAGGAAUGAAACUUCUGUCGGGAUUCUCCCACACACUUCCCAAACCUUGAGUCUGAAUCUGAGCAGAAGUCUUUUUGUUGUAGUUCUGGUCUUUUUUGCUGAAUGUCAUUUACAGCUCAUACAGAUGAUUCAUUAUUGUCUGAUUUCAUGUUUUGACUGGUUUUUCUUUUGUUUUUUUGUCUGUUAGAUUACAAAUAAACCUGUUGUGUGGUCUGUUUCUCAUACAAA